CAACCGCACGGGUAGAUGGUGCGGUUGCUGAGGCGUUGCCAAGAGCCCGGGAGCAGAAGCAUCGGCAGGGAUGGGUGGGAGCAGCAGCACUCGGCGCGUCUCCUUCGGCGUGGACGGACAGCAGCGGGUCACGGUGCUGCAGGGCCUGCGGCUCUCUGACAACCUUAUCACAAGAUUGAACGACCUGCCCCAGCCAAUGUCAAAGUCAUCAAGCUCCAUCUCUGCAGGGACUGAUGCACAAUGGGAAGGUAGCAUGGUACUGAGUUCUGGUACUAAGGAGGAACUGUACCAGAGGUACGAAAAGGAGAAGGUAAUGAUUGAAGACGAGCUGUCUAAGUUUGGUCAGCAAGAGCAAAUGGAAACCAUUACUGAACUCCGCGAGCAUGCAACCUCGGCAGCGGAACAACAGGACAUCAAGCAGCUUGCCAGUCAACUGGAAAAGAGGGAGGCAGAACUUCAAGAACUUGAAGUUUUUUAUAAAGAACAGUUGGAUCUCAUUGAGAAGAAGAAAGCUGAGUACUACCGGCUGGCCUCAGCACAAUUUAAUGAAGCCGCCACGAUUGCAGACACCCAUGUCAAGAGGAGAAACUAUGAGCCCCUCUGCAUUGAUCUGCAGUCCCAGAUCCUUCACUGUUACCAGCAAAAUCCACAGCUGACUCUGAAGUGCUCUGACUUCGCCAAGGAAUACCAGCGUUGCAUCAGAGAGGCACAAAAGAUGCUGCCUGACCUGCUGAGUUCCUCCAGCAUUUUAUGUAUGUUGCUUUGGACUUCCAGCAUCUGUGGACUUUCUCCUGCUUGUUAUAUGUCACAAUAUACAACCCUGAGCAUCCAUCUGAUGUGUUAUCGUCUUUCCCAGAAUGUGAACUAAGACUUUGUUGGUGAAUCAAGGCUGAAGUGCAGGAAGGCUUUGUUCGGGGUCCGUUGCCAUGGAAACCACAUUCUACUCUUCUCAACCACGAAGGGAAGGGCUUGUCCAGAAUUCUGUUUUCAAUAAACACACGUUGAACAAACUUCGUUUCUCUCCAUCCCUUCUAGACAAAUGCAAAUUUGACCCAGUCUUGAUUCAAGUUGCCCGAACAUUAUUAUCCUGAUAUAGCUUGGAAUGAUCCUUUGUGUAGUAACUCUAUGCUGGAAUUCCAGUUUCGUGUUAUGUUGCUGGUUCUUGUGUUAUUUUACUGGAUGGUUCUGUAUCUGCUGUUCUCACUUAAAUAAAGAUGUUUUUUUUUUGAAAAUGUA